AUGGCACUUGGAGUGCUAAAUCCACAGUUAAAGAGCUCCUUAAGUGGGAGCGAAUUUUUUGACAGUGAUUAUUUAGAGGAACUACCACCUCCUCUUCAAAGCUACCUUUGUUUGACCAUUUUUACAUGCUUUUGUCCUGCGUACCCCGUCAACAUUGUGGCCUUGGUCUUCUCUAUCAUGUCUAGAAACAGUUAUUACAGCGGAGACUACGACGGCUCCAGGCGGCUGGGCAGGAACGCGCUCUACGUGGCUAUUGCCUCAGUCAUCAUCGGGCUUCUCAUCAUCGCCAUCUCCUGCACUGUUCAUUUUACCACAUUGGAUUUUUAGUGCAGUGGAUGCAGAGAGAGCAGAGAGUCGAAGACUUUGAGCAGAAACCUCAUUACGAGCUCAGGUGCCAACGAAAGGAUUCAGACUCAACUCAUGUUUACUUUAGCCUGUACAGCGCUUACUUUACUGUCUAUGUUGUUCCUACAAAAAAUCAGUGAAUGUAAAAUCUGGUGGGCGUAUACACUUCAGUGACUAAUGUCUUUCCAGAUUUGAUUGCAAAAGGCAG